CCAUUUUACUUCUCUAUAAAUAGCUCUCUCAUUUGAUCCUUUUUCAUCACCAAUUACAAUUAGAAACAAUUUGGCCACCUUUGCCCCCUCCAUUUCAUCAUUUAUUUUCUUCGUUCCCAUCUUAUUUUAAACUUUUAUUCCAAUGGCCAGUGUUGAGGUUGAAUCUGCACCAGUAGCAGCAGUAGAGACUGUUCCAGCUGAGGUUGAGGUUAAUACAGCUCCAGAGGCAACUAAGGUUGAGGAACCUACCCCAGUUGUAGAAAAGGAAGCCGUGGUCGAGUCAGCACCCGCACCAGUAGAAGAGGCAGCUUCUGCUCCUGUUGCGGAGGAAGCAGCCCCUGCUGCUGAAGAGCCCGUGGCUGCAGAACCUGCAGCCGAGAAGCCUGUGGCUGCAGUAGAACCUGCAGCCGUAGCCAAGGAACCUGUGGCUGCAGCAGAACCUGCAGCUGCAGUCGAGGAGCCUGUGGCCGCAGAAGAACCUGCAGCCGCAGCCAAGGAACCUGUGACUGCAGCACCCGUUGAGGAGGCUGCAACCCCCGUAGCAGCAGUGGCUGAACCAGAAGCAGCUCCUGUUGCGGAACCGGAAGCCGAGAAAACAGUGGAACCAGUAGCAGCUGUUGAAGAGAAAGCAGUUCCAGCUAGCACUGAAGUUCCAGUGGAGAAAGCUGAAGAGUAAAUUUUAUUGAAGAUGGGAAAAUAGUUCAAUGGUUGAUGAAUGAUGGGGGUCUUGAUUAAAGUUGGUUGUGUUUAUUCUGUUUCUUAGUUGAGUAUUUAAUUUACUAUUGCUAUUAUUAUAUAUAUUAUGGUUACAAUGAGAGGCAUAUGUUUGUAUUAGCAUAUGUCUAGGUCUAGGUGGUCGGGUGGGAUAUAUACAUAGUUUUUAAGCUAUGUUUGUUAUUUUGUCCAGGGUUCAGUUUGUCAUGGUUUGAUUAAGAUGAUAUGAGAUUUGAUCUCUAGUUUUUGAUAAUAAAGGGUUAUAUCUUUUUUGUUGUUUUUAA